UAUGUGUCUUUACAAAUUAACUUAUUAGACUCAAGUGAUCAUUGUAUUGGGAACAGCUAUGGAUGUUGAAGGCGCAUUUAGUGUUGUUGGAAGUUGUGGAAAGUUUCAAAAAUUUCUUGUUGCAGUUUUUUUCCUAACUAAUAUCUCAAGUGGGAUGCAGAUAGUGAUGAUGGUUAUUGUUGGUGCCACACCUAACCUCGAUGUAGAUACUGAAAAAAAUCUCACCACCAUUGUAACAGAGUGGAAUCUUUACAAUGAGCAAUGGAUCGUCGAUCUUAUGUCAAGUUUAUUUAUGGCCGGAUAUGCUGUCGGCGUGUUGUUGUUUGGACAGAUUUCUGACUUGGUGGGAAGAAAGUGGACAUUUACUAUAAAUUACAUCUUGCUUCUUCUCACUGGUGUGUGGAGUUCAUUUUGUACAAAUUGGAAAAUGUUUGCAGCUGCACGAACAAUUGUAGGAUUUUUUGUUGGUGCUAGCGGCCAUAUUAUGUUUGCUCUUAUGGUUGAAAAUAUUGGAUCAGAAUAUUGGGCCAUUACAGGAAUGUCUAUGCAAGGUUUUUUUUCAAUCGGUGUUAUGCUGCUAGCUUUAUUUGGCAGAUUCCUACAAAAUUGGAGACAUAUCUGCUUGACAUGCUCAACAAUACCUAUGAUUUUAGUUCCAAUCCUUAUAUUUAUAGUACCGGAGUCAUCCAGAUGGCUUUAUCAUGUUGGAAAAAUCGAGAAAGCUGAAAAAGUUCUUCAAUACAUUGCCAACAAGAAUGGAAAACAUGUUGUUGUCAGAUUAAGUUGUGAAGAUGAGAAUAAUUCAUCUGUCAAAGCAGAAAAUCUGAGGAAAUAUUCAUUUAUUGAUUUGUUCAGAAUAUGCAAAUUAGCUCUUUAUGCACUGUGUAGUUUUUAUAUAUGGUUUGCUUGUUCUUUUGUUUAUUAUGGUCUCACAUUUGAUGCUGCCACUCUUUCACCGAAUAUAUACAUUGCAACCCUGUUGUCUGGAGUGAUCGAAAUUCCAUCCAUUUUUAUAUCAUUUAUAAUGAUGAGACAUCGAUGGUUUGGAAGGAAAGGCACGUUAAUACUUUUAUUUGUCCUAUCUGGGAGUGCAAGCAUGAGUCUAGUAUUCGCAGAUGGAUUGCAGUCAGGAAACUUGCUCAUCAUACAAACUGCUUUAGGUCUGGUCAAUAAACUGGCAGUUUCUGGAGUUUUUUCAGUUUUAUAUAUUUAUAUGGCUGAAAUUUUUCCAACUCAGCUACGACUGGUUGCAAUUGGGGGAUCAAGUAUGUUUGCAAGAGUGGGAGCAAUAAUUUCACCAUUUGUUCCAUUGCUGGCUCCUGUUGCUUCUUAUCUACCAUAUGCUAUAUUUGGUCUGGUAGCUGUGCUCGGGGCUGUACUGAAUUUACAUCUGCCUGAAACUCUCCAUAGGACUGUACCUAGCAUGAGGGAUUUUGAAAAAAAAGAUGGCAAAUGUGAAGAUUCAGACUCGGCAAACAAUGUUUUGGUUAAUGCAAGUGAAUCCUGUGUGUUUACAAGCCAAGAAGUAGAUAGCCUGCUGGUACGUUGAAUGAAUUUUUUGCAAUAAAUGGAAGAUCUGCACUUAUUUUUUUUAAUAUAAUAUAAGCCACUAUCUUGCCUUCAAGUCUUGCAAAUAUAUGCAAAUGCAUUUUCAGUACUUUAUUUAUGCGGUUGUAUUGUUUUGUGGUUUUCACUUAUAUAUUAUUUUUAGUGAUGGUUUGUUAAUAUCCAAAGAAGUAUUUACUUGUUACCUAUCAUUUGAUGAAUCAUAUAAUUCGAUUCGGUAAAUAAAAUUUUCCUUCUGUGGACUAUGGUA